AUGAAUAGUGAUAAAGAUAUUAAAAAUUUAAUUCACUACUAUCUGCGGGAGAAAUAUUUUCAAACUGUUGAAACUUUGACAUUGGAAGGUUUGAAAAUUUACCCGGAUGAUUCUUCAUUUAAAUUAUACAAUGCCUUUUCUUUAGUUUUGAACGGUAGACUUCAAGAAAGUAUUAGAGAAUUACAAGUUUUAAUUAAUCUCAAAGAUAUUAAUAUUGGUGCUACGCUGGCUUUGAUAGCCGCUCAUAAACUUUGUAAAACAAUCGAUAAGGAAAGUGUACUCACAUUGGAAAAUAAAUUAAAAUCUGAUAGAAAAGUAACUAAUGACUUAAGUUUGUACUACGGUGCUUUAUUUUUGUUUUUUAAUGAUAAAUUAAGUAAGUCUACUGAAUAUGUAGACAAAUUUUUAAAAAUUCAUCCAAAUUCCAUUGAGGGUUUGAUAUUAAAGGGUUGGAUUGAAAUUUCUAAUAGUAAAACAAGCGAUUUCAAACUUGCAUCACAAUGCUUUAAUGCUGCAUUAGAUAAAGAUAAAAAAAAUAUAGAUGCAUAUUUGGGAUUGAUAAAAAUUAAAGAAAAAGAAAAUGACAUGAGCGGUGCUAUGGCUAUAUUAAAUCAAUUAAUUGUUAAAUAUCCUAAUUCCUUACCACCGUUAAUUGAAAAAAUGAAAAUUCAAUUGGUAUCCAACGAUUGGGAUUUAACUGUAGAAGUUGCUAACAGAAUUCUUUUAAUCGACAAAAAUUGCAUUGAAGCUCAUAAAAUGAAAACAUUAGCUUUAAUUUGUAAAAAAGGAAAUUUUACAGAAGCAGCUUAUUCGUUAAAACAACUAUACAAUGAAAUUGGAAAAAGUGAAAAAAAAAAUGGAAAGUUAUAUUUUACAAAUGCUCAAUUAUUUUCAUAUAUAUCAGAGAAAAAUCCUAAUAUAUUACAUGAAACUUAUUCUUUUGCUGAAAAAGCUGCACAGAUUGAGCCAUCAAAUUCGGAUUUUUUAACAGAAUUGGGUUAUCAAAACUUAUUGCAAAAAAAUUUGAAAGAAGCUGUUAAAUUUUUUAAAAAUUCUACUAAAUUAGAUGAAUCAUCUGUUUCUGCACUCACUGGUUUAACUUUAUGUCAAAUAGAAGAGGGAGGACUCAAUGACCAAAUCAAGCAACAAGUUGAAUUUUUGAGGGAAAUUCAAAAUGAACAACAAAGUUCUGAGUUAUUAUUAAUGUCUGCUAAAUUGGCUAACACUCCAGGAGAGGCUAUUAGUUAUCUUAAUCAAUGUGUUCAAGUACAUUUUAAUAAUUUUAAAAAGUAUCCAUUUGGAAUUACUUACAUAUAUCAAAUGAAUCCAGUUUUUUUGAUGGAAGUCGUUCAUGAAUACUUAAAGUAUGCUCCCUCUGACACAUUGAUUAAUUUUAAUAAUAAUAAAAUUCCUGAUGUGUUUGCAAAGAGCAUAAUGAUUUUAGAAGAACUAACUAAUUCAUGUCCAGGUAUGGUCAAGGCGCAGUUUGAAUUGGCCAAUGUACUUUUUUCUGUUGGAAAUUUGAAAAAAGCAAAGAAUACAUUAAAUUUUAUAUUAGAAAAUUUAGAUUCUACAUUAGCUGAAGCUCACAUACUCAUGGCUCAAAUGCUUUUUCAAGAAAAAAAUUACACAGAAGGAGCAGUUUGUUUAGAAUCAGGCAUAAGUCACAACUUUAAAAUUCGAGAACAUCCCAUAUAUUACAUGAUUUCUGGUAUGGUAGAAAAAGAAAAAGGAAAUUUAGUUGAUUGCAUUAAUUUGUUAAAAACUGCUUUGUCUAUGACUGAUGUUAAAAAUAAAAAGGAAAAAAGUAAAGAAUGUGAAAAUUUAUUACCUUUAAAGAACAAAGUUACACUGUAUUUAGAAUUAAUGGAAGCUCACAAACAAAAUAAUGACUUGGAUGCUGUUUCAAAAUUAAUCGAAAGUGCUUCAACAGAAUUUAAAGGAACGUCAGAAGAAAGCAGAAUUACUAUUGCUCACUCUAAAAUAUUAAUUCAUAAAGGGAAAAUUACACAAGGGAUUGAAUUAUUAGAAAAAAUUCAACCACAAGAUAAUUAUUUUUUUCUUGCAAAAAAAACUCUCGCGGAUAUUUACCUAUUUAAUAAAAAAAAUAGAGAAAUGUAUGCGCAGUGUUAUCAGGAUUUGGUUGAUAAUUGUCCAAAUUCAGAUACGUUUAGCACUUUGGGAGAUGCUUUCAUGUCAAUUCAAGAAGCAAAUUCAGCCAUUAAUGCAUAUGAACAAGCUUUGAAAGCAGAUCCAAAAAAUGUCGGUUUAAUGUGUAAAUUAGGUAGGGCUUUAGUAAAAACUCAUUAUUUCUCUAAGGCAGUUAAUUAUUAUAAAGAAGCAUUGAAAAACGAAAAAAAUUUAGAUUUAAUUUACGACUUGGGAAAUUUGUAUUUAAAACUUGGAGAAUUGGAUAAUGCUGAAAGAAUUCUUGUUGAAGAAUUAGAUAAUGAAAAAAAUGAAACAAACGAUUUAAAUCAAAUGCUCACCAGAAUAAAAUUACUUCAAUUGUUAGCAAAGGUUCGCGACAAAUCGGGUAAUCUAACGGAAAGUUUGGCAGCUUUAAAUACGGCCAAAGAGAAUUGCAAUCGAAUCGAAAAAAGAGUUUCGAUUCAGUCUGAUCAGCAUAAGGAAAUUUUAUCUGAAAUUUGUUCCGAUACAGCCAUUUUGCUUACCAGACUCCGGAAUUUUAAUGGAGCGAUAAAAUGUUAUAAGGAAUCCCUGGCAGUUAAACCUGACAAUGUGAACGUUAUGGUGGCCAUUUGCAGACUUUACAUGGAGACAAAAGAUUUUGACGAAUGCGAAAUAACAAGUAGGAAAUUAUUAUCUACCGAUCCAGACAGUGAACUUGCUACAGUAAUGUUGGCAGAUUUAGCAUUUCGAAAAGUCGAUUUCGAAGCUGCCUCCCUACAUUUUAAACAACUUUUGAACAAGAAACCUACUUAUUGGGUUGCAUUGGCACGACUGAUUGAGAUAAUGAGACGAACAGGAAAUUUAGAUCAUGCUCUACCAUUUUUAGAAAAAGCCGAAAACUCGCUUUUGCAACCUUCUCAAGAAUCAGGAUAUUCAUAUUGUAAAGGUUUAUACGAAAGAUAUGCUGAAAGACCAGGAUCGGCACUUCAUAAUUUUAAUCGAGCCAAACAACAUCCGGAAUGGGGUCAAAAAUCUUUAAUUAAUAUGAUUGAAAUAUGUUUAAACCCUGAAAAUGAAACUUUAAGAAGUGAAGCUUUCACAGAAGAAUUGGAUAAAGAAGAAGUUCAAGAUUCUCAACAAAUGGUUUUACGUACGGCUCAAAAGUUAUUAUCUGAGUUAAAAUCUCGUUCAGAUCACAGCGAGGGUUUGACCUGUAGAAUUUUAGAAAAUUUUUGGCUUUUAUCCACGAAUCAAAAAUCCAACAUUGAAAAAGCUCAACAAGAUUUUGUAAUUUUAGCAUCUCAAGAUUCUUAUAAAGAUCACGUGGGUAUUUCACUUGGAAUCGCAACAUCUUACAUGCUCCAGAAGCAAGUUCAAAAAGCUAAAAAUCAUUUAAAAAGAGUCGUUAAAAAUAGUUGGACGUACGAAGAUGCUGAAUAUUUAGAACGAGCUUGGCUCCUACUAACGGAUAUUUAUAUCCAAUCGGGAAAAAUGGAAAUUCCUGUUGAAUUAAUUCAAAACGUUUUACAAUAUAACAAAGGAUGUUACAAAGCGUACGAUUAUGCCGGAAUAAUUGCUGAAAAAGAACAAUUGUACAAAGAUGCAGCACUUCAAUAUGAAAAUGCAUGGAGGUAUUGCAAUCAAACAAAUCCAUCCAUCGGUUACAAAUUAGCAUUUAAUUACAUGAAAUGUAAAAGAUACGCGGACGCCAUUGAAGUUUGCUACACGAUUAUAAAACAAUAUCCGGAUUAUCCUCGAAUACAAAAAGAAAUACUGGAAAAAGCUAAAACAAAUUUGAGAACUUAA